AUGACAAAUGAUGAAGCUAUUAUUGCACCAAGCCAUAGCCAAUUGUUGUUGCCUAGACCUGCACAAAUCGGCGAGUCCAUUUGGUUUGGUUUGAACCAAAUGCUGCAUUGGGAUAUGUUUGCAGGUGUGCCAUUGAUUGGAAGCAAGAGGUCUAGCAUGGCAAGAUCAGCUGCGUUCUUGAAUGCACAAACAAGAAGGACUCGAGGAACUUGA